CGUCUUUAUACCGCGAAUCAAGCCAACGGGAGAGCGCGCCACCAGCUUUGUUGGGACCUCCUCUGUCAUCUCUACCGUCCAUCGUUACUCACCUCUGUCAUCUCGACCGUCCACAGUUCGUCUAUUCUUAAUCCUUAUCUACGCUUUCAAGGUUUAGAAAUAGAAUAUUCACCCUUAUAAAUUUUAAUAUAACGUUUAUAUAUUCCGCUUAAUUUCCCCCCUUACAUCUGUCUGAAAAGGUCAUAUCAACCUAUGCUAACCAAAAUAAUAACCACUUUGAAAUUAAGUACUAACUGUGACUACAAAAUGAUAUUUCUUAAAAUUCAUCAUCAGUUUGUGUUUACGUGUCAGAUAUUGAUACCUCUAAAAAUCGUAGCCACCAAUGAGGUUCCAUCGUGUCAGCACGUAGUCUCCCAAUCUUCAACAGAUGACGGAUGGGGAACAACUGCCUUCUCCAUGGAGCGGUAGGUUACAUGGUGAUCCAUCCAUAGUUUGUGCCCUCUUGCUCCAACUGCAACAUGCCUCUCCUCCACUCCCUCUGUGCUUCCUCCUCCCUUAUCCUUCCCACCACCACCGCCGCAGCCGCCCAGUUAGCCGCAAAGCCGUCGGUGCUCAGCCCAGCUCCAAGCAGCAGCAGUAAAGACUUCGCCGUCCCGAUUCCGGGCCUUCCAACUCACGUCAAGGAGAAGAUCCUCAGCCUGGAGGUGAUGGGCGUGGACGCCGGCCGGGCCCUCUCGCUCAACCCGGCGCUCCGCACUGCCAGCCUCGACUCCGUCCACUCCGUCGUCGCCUACCUCCUCUCCAAGGGCAUCCACCACAAGGACCUGGGCCGCAUCCUGGGCAUGUGCCCCCGGAUCCUGACUUCCAGCGUCCGCGCCGACCUCGGCCCCGUCUUCGCCUUCCUCUCCCGGGACCUCGGCGUCCCCGACUCCGGCUUCCGGCGGGUCAUCAACAAGUGCCCCCGGCUGCUAGCCUCCAGCGUCGGCGACCAGCUCAAGCCCGCCCUCGACUACCUCCGGCGGCUGGGCUUCACGGACACCAACGCGCUCGCUUACCACGACCCCGUUCUUCUGGUCUCCAGCGUGGAGAAGACCCUGAUCCCCAAGCUGCAGUACCUGGUGGGGUUGGGCAUGUCGAGGGAGGAGGCGGUGGGGAUGGUGCUAAGGUGCCCGGGGCUGUUCACCUUCAGCAUCGACAGGAACUUCAAGCCCAAGUACGAGUACUUGGUCGGGCAGAUGGGGAGGAGCUUGCAGGACCUCAAGGACUUCCCCCAGUACUUUGCUUUCAGCUUGGAGAAGAGGAUCAAGCGCAGGCAUCAGGAGCUGAGACACAGCGGGCUUACCCUGCCCUUGUCUACCAUGCUCAAGAGCACCGAUGAGGAGCUCAAGCAGUUGGUAGAGAAGAAGAAGAAGAACACUCGGAUUCCAAUAUAAGCAGUCAACACCACUUGUAGAUAAGUGACUGUGAAGUGGGAUAGGAGUCUAGUAAUUGUUAUAUACUGAUCAAAAAAUUGAUAGAGAAAUAAGAAGAGCACAUAAGGGUCUCGUUUA